AUGAAGACUACUAACCGUAAGGGGAGUUCAUUAAGUGAAGAAGUUACUGGGGGUAUAAAGACGAAAAAAGCUAGCGAAGAUUUUAGGGAAUAUAAUGAUGACAAUAAUAUAUGCAAUGUGGACUCAAGUGAUCAUAAUAAAGUUGCAAAAAAAGCGAAGAAGGCUAAUGAUUCGAAACAAAAGGAAAAAAUGAUUAAAAAAAAAAUAAAGGAAAGGAAAAUAAUGGAAAAGAAAAUAAUGAAGAAAAAAAAAAAGGAAAAAAAAAAAGGAAAAAAAAAAAAAGAGAAACGGGAAAUGCAUAAGUUAAAACAGGAAGAGGAUCACUUGACCGAUUCCGAGGACGUAACGUACAAUGACGACAACCUUUUCAUGGACAGCAGGUUAAAAAAAAAAAAAAAAAAAAAUACUAACAUAAAUACUCCUAGCGGUAGUAGCUGCAGUAGUAGUACCAUAGACAGCAAUAACAAUAGUGGCGCUAUGUUGACAAAUAAAGAAAGGCGCAAAAAACAGAAGAAAGCGAAAAAAAGAAAGUGUUCAGUUGAAUAUUUAAAAUUAAAUGAAUAUGACGAACAUUAUGAAAAGGAGUUGGUUACUUAUGCUAUGAAGGGAUUUAACAAAUACGUAAAAUUUUUAAAAAAUUACAAAAAUAUAACGACGGAAGAAAUGCAUGUAGCUACGAAAAAACCCAAGCAUUUAUAUAUAUGA